AUGGAUUUACCUGUGAAUCUCACUUAUGUUCCCAUCUUCACCCCGUCCUCCUUGGAGAGUAACCGCAGCCUGGACACAGAGGACCUGCGCCCCAGCCCGCCUCUUCUCUCAGUCUUCCGUGUUCUAGUUCUGACUUUGCUGGGCUCUUUGGUGGCUGCGACGUUCGCUUGGAAUCUUCUGGUGCUGGCGACCAUUCUGCGUGUGCGCACCUUCCACCGCGUGCCACACAACCUGGUGGCGUCUAUGGCCAUUUCGGACGUACUGGUGGCAGCGCUGGUGAUGCCACUGAGCCUGGUGCACGAGCUCUCUGGGCGCCGCUGGCAGCUAGGCCGUAGGCUAUGCCAGCUGUGGAUCUCGUGCGAUGUGUUGUGCUGCACUGCCAGCAUCUGGAACGUGACAGCCAUCGCUCUGGACCGCUACUGGUCUAUCACACGCCACUUGGAGUACACACUGCGCGCCCGCAAGCGGGUCUCCAACAUCAUGAUCGCUCUCACUUGGGCUCUUUCUGCAGUCAUCUCCUUGGCCCCGCUGCUUUUCGGCUGGGGGGAAACGUAUUCCGAGGGCAAUGAGGAGUGCCAGGUGAGUCGCGAACCGUCCUACACCGUGUUUUCCACCGUGGGCGCCUUCUACCUGCCGCUCUGCGUGGUGCUCUUCGUGUACUGGAAGAUCUACAAAGCGGCCAAGUUCCGCGUGGGCUCCAGGAGGACCAACAGUGUCUCACCCAUGCCUGAAGCUAUCGAGGUGAAGGACUGUGCCAGACCUCCUCAGAUGGUGUUCACUGCCCGCCAUGCUACUGUCACCUUCCAGACAGAAGGGGACACGUGGAGAGAACAGAAAGAACAGAAAGCUGCCUUGAUGGUGGGCAUCCUCAUUGGGGUGUUUGUGCUCUGCUGGAUUCCCUUCUUCAUCACCGAGCUUAUCAGCCCCCUCUGCUCGUGUGACAUCCCUGCCAUCUGGAAAAGCAUUUUUCUUUGGCUUGGCUACUCCAAUUCCUUUUUUAACCCUCUGAUCUACACAGCUUUCAACAAGAACUACAACAGCGCCUUCAAGAACUUCUUUUCUAAGCAACACUGA